CCAUAAACCAGACAGGUUCCAGUUACACUUUCCCCCAACUCACUCACUCUCACUUUCCUCUCUCUCUCUCUCUCUCUCAACCCAAAUUUCAAAAUCCAGAUCUGUUCCUACACAAUGCAGCUCCGUCCGGCAACCACCGCCGGCGCCUUGGUCCUCUCCGUCGUCGUCUUGCUCUUCUCCGUCGCCCACGCGCACAACAUCACGAGCAUGCUGGCCAAGCACCCUGAGUUCUCCACCUUCAACCACUACCUAAGCUUGACCCACCUUGCCGCCGACAUCAACGACCGCACCACCAUAACCGUCUGCGCCGUCGACAACUCCGCCAUGUCCGCCCUCCUCGCCAAGCACCUCUCCAUCUACUCCAUCAAGAACAUCCUCUCCCUCCACGUCUUGCUCGACUACUUCGGCGCCAAGAAGCUCCACCAGAUCACCAACGGCACCGCCCUCGCUGCCACCAUGUUCCAGGCCACCGGCUCCGCCCCCGGCUCCGCCGGCUUCGUCAACAUCACCGACCUCAAGGGCGGAAAGGUCGGAUUUACCCCCGAGGACAACGACGGCUCCUUCGCCGCGCAUUUCGUCAAGUCCGUCGACGAACUCCCCUACAACAUCUCCGUCAUCCAAAUCAGCAACGUCCUCCCCUCCGCCGCCGCCGAGGCUCCGACGCCGGGCCCCGCCGAGGUCAAUCUCACCGGGAUCAUGUCGGCCCACGGCUGCAAGGUCUUCGCCGAGACGCUCUUGGCCAACCCCGACGCGUCCAAGACCUUCGACGAAGCCGUCGACGGCGGCCUGACCGUGUUCUGCCCCGGCGACGACGCUUUCAAGGCCUUCCUGCCGAAAUACAAGAACCUCUCGGCGCCCGGAAAAGCUGCAUUGCUGGAGUACCACGCCGCUCCGGUGUACCAGUCCAUGCCGAUGUUGAAGUCCAACAAUGGGUUGAUGAACACUUUGGCCACCAACGGAGCGGAGAAGUACGACUUCACCGUCCAAAACGACGGUCAGGCGGUGACCCUCAAGAACAAGCUAGUGACGGCCAAGAUCAUCGGCACGCUUAUCGAUCAGCAGCCCCUUGCUAUAUACACUAUAAACAAGGUUUUGACGCCCAAGGAGCUGUACAAGGGAGCGGCUCCAACUCCGGCGCCGGCUCCGGCACCAGAGAAAGCCGCCGACGCUCCCAAGAGUUCCAAGGCGGCGCCGUCCCCCGACGACGCCGAUUCCCCGGCUGACUCGCCGGAAGACGACCCGGCCGAUCAGACUGCUGACGACAGUGGAGCCUUUGCGUUGGGAAGAGUGGGGUUUGGGGGUUUGAUUCUCAGCGUGUGCCUUGGCUUUUCACUGUUGUAAGUUUUUUAUUUUUUAUUUUAUUUUUACCUACUGGGAAAUAAGUGAGGCAGUUUGAGAUAAUUUUUCAUUUCUUUCAAUUGUUUGGUGUGUGUGGGGGUGUGAUUUUUAUUUUUGUGUAAUUUGUGGGGGGGAAUUUGUAAGGUUUUGAUUUUGGUUUGUUGGUGUAAGUUUGGCUAGAACUUGUUGGUAGAUUUUAUUUUAUUCUAUAUGCAUAGGCUCCGUUUGGUUGGUAAGAAUGUCAAAAUAGGAAAAUGAUUUAUUUUCUUUUUCAGAAAUAGAUUUUGGUAUUUUUAUGUGGGUGUUUGAAACAUUACUUUUCAGUAUUAUUCUGGAAUUAAUUUUCCAUUUCUUUUCUGGCUUUACGAGAGAGUCAAUUUCCAGUUAAAUUUUAUUUUUUUAUUUCCUUUCCAAUCUCUAAUUACAACCAAACAACACUUUUAAAUGGAAAAUGAAAUUAAUUUCCAUUUCAUAGCAUGAUUUUCUGCCAUCCAAACGGGGCGGGGCCUUAGAGGGAUGUUUUCACUCUAUCAUCGUAUAAUUGCUGCAUUCAGUAAAUUUUUGUUCAUAUCAUAUCCAUGAAACAGAUUUUACUGGUGUGAUCUCAGGCAUUGCCUUUAAUUUUCCUUUAAUUACUGUUGGAUUUUAAUUCUUUUCAGUAAUGUCUUGUGUUGAAAAAUUAUAUAAUACGUUAAAGAAUUUGUUACUC